UUCGUCAUUGCUUUGGAGUUUGGAGCAAUUAAUGCAAAUUAGAGCCGAAGGUUAUUCAUAAUUUUCUAGGAAAAACAAAUGCCACUGUCGGAAUCAAAUUCCACCCUCUUAUUCCCUUAUCUAAACAUGCAAAUGUGCUUGCCACAUUUCACCCUAUACGACUAAUGGGGGAUGGGCGAUCAACAAGUCGUUCGUCAUUUGAUUUCCAUUUUUGCACUUGGUCUUAGUAUUCGUCGAGAGCUGAAAGCAUCCAGAACUAUUAGUGCUGAUGUUUCUGGUUUAAGGUGAAAUUAUGAGAAGAUGGCGUGCUUUCAAUGUAAACAUAAGUGGAAUUCGUUAUUGCGCGCCAAUACCCUCCAUUUAUCACUAAUAUCAAAGUGAUAACCGUGAGACACGUGUGGAAAUGGCAGGUAACAGUGAUGUUUCUACUGAAAAAUGUGGUCCGACUGAAAGUUUGGGGGUCAUGAAAUUGAAUGACCAUAAAGCUGGUAUGCAAGGAUUGGAUACAGCAAAGAUCAAUCAAAUCAUAGAAGAAGCUUCCAAAGGUUCACAAUUCUAUCAGCACAAGCAGAAAAACCAAGAAAGAAUCAAUGCCAAGAUUGCUAAUUUGAAGGCCUCUUGUGCCAAACUAACUGAAGAGCAAAAGAAAUUGGGUCGAUUCAAGAUGGACAAUUUGGCUGGAAAACUUGAAUUGAUGAGGGACUUGUCUCGUACAAUUGUGCACGUGGAUAUGGACGCCUUCUACGCUGCUGUGGAAAUAAGAGAUUGCCCAGAGCUGAAGACUAAGCCAAUGGCAGUUGGUUCUUCUGCAAUGUUGACAACAUCCAAUUAUCACGCAAGACGGUUUGGUGUCAGAGCGGCCAUGCCAGGAUUUAUUGCCAAAAAGUUAUGCCCUGAAUUAGUGAUUGUCCCAACCAACUUUCCCAAAUACACUGAAGUGAGUCGUCAAGUGCAAAAGGUGUUUGCGGAUUACGAUCCCGAGUUUAGCGCAGCCUCGCUAGACGAAGCUUAUUUGGACAUUACUGACUUUCUUGUCGCUCGUAAAGAUGCGGGUGCUGAGAUGACGGCAGCAGAAGCUGUUGAAGAAAUGCGAGCCAAAAUCUUGGAAUCUACCCAAUUAACUGCUAGCGCUGGCAUCGCUCCCAAUGGGAUGUUGGCAAAAGUUUGUUCAGACAAAAACAAACCCAAUGGCCAAUUCGUUUUGGAAAACACUAGAGAGGCGGUCAUGGAGUUUAUCAAGGACUUACCCAUCCGAAAAAUCAGCGGCAUUGGCAACGUGACGGAGCAGCUUUUAGGCGCUUUGGGUGUUAGCACUUGCCGAGAUUUGUGGGACAAAAGAGAAUUGUUGUAUCUUUUGUUUAGCGAGUCCAGUUAUGACUAUUUUCUCCGUGUCGCUCUCGGAAUAGGCUCUUUUGGCGGUGACGGAUCCGAGAGGGAACGCAAAUCAGUCAGUUGCGAAACGACGUUCCGCUCGACUAGCGACCACGAAGAAUUAUGCGACAUUAUCCGGCAAUUGAGCGCCGAUUUGGCACGAGAUCUGGAACGCCUCGGUUUGACGGGCCGAUCGGUCACGUUGAAAUAUAAAACGGACAAGUUUGACGUGAAAACGCGCAUCACGCAAUUGAUGAGUCACACGCGAGAUGGUGCUGUCAUCGCUAAAGCAGCUCAAAGUUUGUUGCCCGUUGGACUGCACUUGCGCCUGUUGGGCGUUCGCAUGUCACAAUUGACGUCGCCAGCUGAAACAGGAAAUAACAACGCUGGCCGGAAACAGCGUACCCUGGACGAACUGCUACUGGCCGUCGAGUGUCCUGCCAGGAAAAAGAGGAAAUUGGACGCCCAAGUGUCCAACUCUUUGACGGAAGCGGAUUUAACAAGAGGAGCACCACUUUUAUUCACCUGUCCGGUUUGCCACUCGUGGCGAACGUCAGACGGCGAAGUCGCUCUCAACAGCCACGUUGACGAAUGUUUGAAUCAACAAGUUCUCUAUCCAGAACAGCAGAGCACAACAUCGGCGGGCUGUUCUUCGUCUCAGUCAAAACUGGAUCGAUACGUAAUCCGACGCGCGAAAUAAUGAACAACUUUCUAAUGAAUUAUGCAAAUUUUCUACUCCGAUUUCCAUCAAUGAACUUGAACAUCCCGCCAGGAGCGCUGUCGUCGUUUCCUUAUCGAUUCGGGAACAUGUUAACGAUGGCGCUUUUCAAUAAUAGACGUUCGUACGUACUUAA